AUGCUCUCUUGCUCUCUUCUACUUUUACUUCUUCUCUAUCGCUCCGCCAGUUCGUCGCAAUGGACCUCUUCUCAAUUCCCCGAUCUUCGCGGUCCGACAGUCAAUCAAUGCGUUUCGGUUCUUCCGCGGAACAAGCAGCAGCUCUACGUUUGCGACCCCGAUCAUAUGCUCAACAACACCCAAGGUACACGAUCCGAUCCGUGCCAAAGCACACUUUCGGCAAGGGGACUCUUCCUCAAUAGAACAAAGACUGGAGCAUAGUAAUAAAAGAGGGCUGAAGGGGGAGAACAUGUGGCCCUUGAGGGUAGUAGAUGAGGAAAAUGACUGAGAAAGAAGAAUGAGAAAGCGAUUUGCAGCCAUGCAAUUGAACAUCCAGCUGCAGGAAUUGGCAGUUGGGACGCCGUGCCAUUGCCAGAGGAGGUCGCAGUGCACCACUGGAAUUGAAGGUAAAUCCGGAGAGAAAAGAGCACCGAACGAGUGGGAAUACGUUCAGGAAGUCCGGGCAACGAAGGACUCCACGGCUUCAUCGUCUCCAUUGCCAUCGUCAAAAAUCUCUACAUGCAUAUGCAUUCGCCCAGUGACACGUGA